UAUGCAUAAACAAAGCUGGCCACCUUGUUCUUUUGAAGAACUUUAAUGUGAGCCAAAUAAGUUGGGAAUUCAAAAAAUGUUUAGAGCUGAUAGGGGGUUAAAUUCAAUCACUUGCAUCUUCGUUUUGAAUGGAUAGCUUGCCUUUGAGAGCUGGCAAGACAAAGCAAAUUUCACUGCCCCCUCCCCCAGUAUCAGACUGGGAAUCCCCUUGGGUCAAUGUGCAUAGUUGUUGUCUUGUGGGGAAUACCUGCUAACAAAAUUGAACAGACGUUGACCAGGCAAAGUUUCUCAUUUACAUCUGUGAAAAUGUGCCCACCCUCUGGAAUUGCAGAAUUCUACUUAUUUAAAAAAAAACUUUGUGCAUGUUUGGUGUGCAAAAAAGGAGGGGCUAUUGAGUCACUGAAAGCCUCUAAUAUAUCAUCUAGGUUGUCAAAAUAGAGUUUGUGAAAACUGAACUCAGGGAAAGUGGGAGGAACAUAGGGAGAGCCAAGACAGCUGAUCGUGGGGGGGCAGCAGGCUGACGAUGUCACAUUAUGCAAGCCAAGUCAGUGUCUGCAUGUCCACUUGAAGUUCAACGGGACUUGCUCCGAGGCGGUUUCCGAGCAGCUCAGUGGCUCCCCGGUCGUGAUCUCUCCUCCCUGCGAAGACACUGCUGCCUCCUCCGAGAAUGUCCAGCUCGGGCUACCCUCCGAACCAGGGAGCCUUCAGCACGGAGCAAAGCCGCUAUGCAACACACUCGGUGCAGUACACAUUUUCCAGUGGCCGGCACCAGCAGGAGUUUGCUGUCCCCGAUUUCCGUAAUUCUCACUUGGACACGACUCAGAUCCUGCAGCAGCAGCAGCAGCAACUUCGGAGGCGUCCCUCUUUGCUCUCUGAAUUUCACCCCGGCUCGGAUCGGCCUCAGGAGAGGCGAUCCGGGUAUGAGUCACAGUUCCAUCCCGGCCCAUCACAAGCCGACCAUGACUCGCUGGAUACGAAGAGGCCGCGCUUGGAUCAAGUUCCCGACUCCCAUUACCAGCGGGUCAGUGCCGCGGCGGUCCUGCCGCUGGCCCACCAGCUGCAGGAAGGGCUACGGUCGUCGGACCUGAAGAAGGAGCCGGCUUUCGGAAGCAAGCACGAUGGGCCCCCCUCGCCCCUGUCGAGCCAGCCGUGCGGAGAGGACCAGAACGCGUCUCCGUCCAAGCUGUCGAAGGAAGAGCUCAUCCAGAGCAUGGAUCGGGUGGACCGGGAGAUUGCCAAAGUGGAGCAGCAGAUCCUCAAACUGAAGAAGAAGCAACAACAGCUGGAAGAGGAAGCCGCAAAGCCUCCGGAGCCCGAGCGGCCAGUGUCUCCUCCGCCGGUAGAACAGAAGCACCGCAGCAUUGUUCAGAUUAUCUACGAUGAGAACCGGAAGAAAGCCGAAGAAGCCCAUAAGAUCUUUGAAGGCCUCGGCCCCAAAGUUGAAUUGCUGCUUCCACUGGAGCGAGGAGCCAGGCGGGCUCGAACAGGCUACGUGUUCAUGCCACUUUACAACCAGCCGUCAGACACGAAGGUAUACCAUGAAAACAUCAAAACGAACCAAGUGAUGAGGAAAAAGCUGAUCUUGUUCUUUAAGAGAAGAAAUCAUGCAAGGAAGCAAAGGGAGCAGAAGAUCUGCCAGCGGUAUGACCAGCUGAUGGAAGCCUGGGAGAAGAAAGUGGACCGGAUCGAGAACAACCCCCGCCGCAAAGCGAAGGAAAGCAAGACUCGCGAAUACUACGAGAAGCAGUUCCCCGAAAUCCGAAAGCAGCGGGAGCAGCAGGAGCGCUUCCAAAGGGUUGGUCAGCGAGGGGCCGGUCUUUCGGCAACCAUUGCUCGGAGCGAGCACGAGAUCUCAGAAAUCAUCGACGGGUUGUCGGAGCAGGAGAAUAACGAGAAACAAAUGCGCCAGCUCUCAGUUAUUCCCCCCAUGAUGUUCGACGCAGAGCAGAGGCGUGUGAAGUUCAUCAACAUGAAUGGACUGAUGGAAGACCCCAUGAAGGUGUACAAGGACCGGCAGUUCAUGAAUGUCUGGACAGACCACGAGAAGGAGAUCUUUAAAGAAAAGUUUGUCCAGCACCCGAAGAACUUUGGCCUGAUUGCUUCCUACUUAGAAAGAAAGAAUGUUCCAGACUGUGUCUUGUAUUACUAUUUGACGAAGAAAAAUGAGAACUACAAGGCACUGGUGCGAAGGAAUUACGGCAAACGGCGAGGGAGGAACCAGCAACAAAUCACACGUCCUUCACAAGAGGAAAAAGUCGAAGAAAAAAUAGAGGAGGAGAAGGCAGAGAAAACCGAGAAAAAGGAGGAGGAAAAGAGAGAUGAAGAAGAAAAAGACGAGAAGGAAGAGUCCAAGGAGAACAUCAAGGAGAAGGACAAAGUUGAAGCCGUCCCCGAGGAACCCGAGGUGGCCCCACGAGGCCGGAAGACCGCCAACAGCCAAGGCCGCCGGAAGGGCCGGAUCACCAGGUCGAUGACCAACGAAGCUGCCGCGGCCAACGCUGCCGCCGCAGCCGCCACCGAGGAACCGCCUCCUCCGCUGCCGGCGCCACCGGAACCCUCUUCCGCAGAGCCGGUGGAGACCUCCCGCUGGACCGAGGAAGAAAUGGAAGUGGCCAAAAGUGGCUUGGUGGAGCAUGGGCGCAACUGGGCGGCCAUCGCCAAGAUGGUCGGGACGAAGAGCGAAGCCCAGUGCAAGAAUUUCUACUUCAACUACAAGCGGAGGCACAAUCUCGACAGCCUGCUCCAGCAGUACAAGCAAAAGUCCUCUCGACGCCCCCGCGAGGAGCGCGAAGUCUCCCAGUGCGAAAGCGUGGCCUCCACGGUCUCGGCGCAGGAGGACGAGGACAUUGAAGUGUCCAACGAGGAGGAAAAUCCGGAAGACAGCGAAGGUGCCGAAAAUAGCUCCGACACGGAGAGUGCGCCGUCGCCGUCCCCGGCGGAGGCCACCAAGCCCGCGGAGGAGGCCCCGCCCGAGAGCGGGGGCCCGGCCAGGAUUCCCGCCAAGCCCGAGACGCCGCAGGAGCCCGCGGGGGCCGCUGCGCCUGGCCCGUCCCCUCCCUCCGCGGCGCAGGGCGCCAAGGCCGAGCCCGAGAGCGGCGGCCUGCAGGCGAAGGAGGAGGUGCCGGCGGAGGCCGAGGAGCCCAUGGAGGCGGAGAGCCAGGCCCAGGCUGCCGACAGCAAGCCCGUCCUCAGCCUCCCUGCCCACCCCAAGCCGGAGCCCGCCGACCCCGAAGCGAGGCUCCCGGCCGACGUGCAGGUGAAGACGGAGGGCGACGCCAAAGAGAGAGACGGGGCCCUGCCCAGGGAGAAGCCGGAGCCCCCCGACGGGAUGGACUUCGGCCUGCCUCCGCCGGCUGCCGCCCCGAGGACGGAGCCCAACUCGGACAACGAUUCGAGCGCGACCUGCAGCGCCGACGAAGACGUGGACGGGGAGCCCGAGCGGCAGAGAAUCUUUACCAUGGACUCCAAGCCGUCCCUCUUGAGCCCCCCUGGGCAGAUGCUGAUCUCACCUGCAAUCAAGCAGGGCCCCCUGAACAUCCAGCAGCUUCAGCAUCGGGCAGCAGUGAUCCCGCCCAUGGUGUCUUCAGCCAUGCAGGGGCUGCCCCAGGGCAUCUCCAUGAGCGGCUACACCCUCUUCCACCAGCACAUCAAGGCCAUGCACAAGUCCACCAUGCUGGAGGAGCAGCAGCGCCAGCGGCAGGAGCAGGCGGAGGCCGACUGCCGCCGGUCGGCCAGCCCCUGCGGCCCCUCCAAGAGCCCCAGCGUGGAGUGGGACGGGAAGAACGUGACCUACAUGCCUUACGCUGAAGUGAAGCGGGCCAUGGAGCAGGAAGCCCAGAUGCAGAACGCCAUGGCGCGAUCGGCCUCCCCCUAUCGCUUGUCCCCGAGAGAGGUCAGCAAGGCCUCCCCACAGCCAGACUCGAAUCCCGCACGCUACAGUGUCCCACCAGUCCUUCAACCUGCUCCGCAUCAGGUCAUAACCAAUCUCUCCGAAGGGGUCCGGCCCCCGACCACACGGCCCACCAGACCACCGCCCCCACUGAUCCCCUCCUCGAAAACAGUGGUGCCCUCGGAGAAGCCGUCCUUCAUCAUGGGAGGAUCCAUCUCUCAAGGAACACCUGGCACUUAUCUGACAUCCCACAGUCAAAGUUCUUACGGCCAAGAGCCGGCCAAGCCGUCUUCGGGUUCUAUCUCUCUCGGACUUCCAAGGCCCCAGGAAUCGACCAAAGCAGCCUCCUUGCCCUACAUCAAACAAGAGGAGUUCUCUCCCCGGAGCCAAAACUCGCAGCCGGAGGGGCUGCUGGUCAGAGCCCAGCAUGAGGGAGUAGUUCGAGGGACGGCAACCAUCCAAGAAGGAAGCAUAACGCGGGGGACUCCGACCAGCAAAGUGUCUGUCGAAUCCAUGCCGGCCCUGCGCGGUUCCAUCACUCAGGGGACGCCCGCUCUGAGCCAGUCCGGCAUUGCUGCGGAUGUGCUGCUGAAAGGAACCAUCACGCGGCUGGCCACGGAGGAGAGCAGCCCGGAGAAGUGCCGGGAGGAGGCGGGGGCAUCCAAGGGCCACGUCAUUUACGAGGGCAAGAGUGGGCACAUCAUCACCUACGAUGCCAUUAAAAACGUCCGGGAAGGAACCCGAAGCCCAAGGACAGCUCACGAAAUGACCCUCAAGAGGACGUACGAUGCCAUGGAGGGAAACAUCAAGCAAGGGAUGUCGAUGAGAGAAUCGCCCGUCUCCGCACCAUUAGAAGGGUUAAUCUGCCGCGCCCUGCCUCGGGGUAGUCCCCACUCGGACCUGAAAGAGAGGACUGUGCUGUCGGGCUCUAUCAUGCAAGGCACGCCGAGACCCACAGCGGAGAGCUACGAAGAAGGCCUCAAGUAUCCCAAGGUCAAGCGGGAGUCUCCCCCGACGCGGGCCUUCGAAGGUGCCAUCACCAAGGGAAAGCCCUACGACGGGGUGACCACCAUCAAGGAGAUGGGCCGCUCCAUCCACGAGAUCCCCAGGCAGGACCUGCUGAGCCCGGAAAGCCGCAAGACGCCAGAGGUCGUGCAGGGCGCCCGGCCGAUCAUCGAGGGCUCCAUCUCUCAGGGCACGCCCAUCAAAUACGACAACAGCUCUGGCCAGUCGGCCAUCAAGCACAACGUCAAGUCCCUGAUCACCGGCCCCAGCAAGCUGCCCCGGGGCAUGUCCCCGCUGGAGCUGGUGGCGGAGAACGUGAAGCCGGCGGAGCGGGGGAAGUACGAGGAGGCCAAGGGCGGGGAGGUCCGGUCCCGGCACACCUCGGUGGUCAGCUCGGGGCCCUCGGUCCUCCGGUCGACCAUCCACGAAGCACCCAAGUCCCAAGUGAGCCCGGGGAUCUACGAAGACGCCAACGCCAGGAGGACGCCGGUCGGCUACCAGAGCAUGUCCAGGAGCUCCCCCAUGAUGAACAGGGCGGCAGAAGCAGCCAGCCUGACGCCAAGCAAGGCUACGAACCACGAACGGAAGACCGCCCUGACGCCCACGCAGAGGGAGAGCAUCCCGGCAAAGUCUCCGGUGCCGGGCGUGGACCCCGUCGUCUCGCAUAGCCCUUACGACCCCCACCACCGGGGCGGCACGCCGGAAGUCUACCGGAGCCACCUGCCGUCACACCUGGACCCCGCCAUGCAGUUCCACAGGGCGCUGGAUCCCACUGCCGCCUAUAUGUUCCAGCGCCAGCUCUCUCCCACCCCCGGCUACCCGAGCCAGUACCAGCUGUAUGCCAUGGAGAACACCCGGCAGACCAUCCUGAACGACUACAUCACCUCCCAGCAGAUGCAGGUCAACCUGCGCCCCGACCUGGCCAGGGGGCUGUCGCCCCGGGAGCAGACGCUGGCCCUUCCCUACGGAGGCACCCGGGGAAUCAUUGACCUGAACAGCAUGCCACCCACCAUCUUGGUGCCCCACCCGGGAGGGCCCAGCACCCCUCCGAUGGAGAGGAUCACCUACAUCCCUGGCACCCAGCUUGCCUUCCCCGCCAGGCCUUACAACCCCCCCUCCAUGUCUCCAGGGCAUCCUUCCCACCUGGCCGCCUCAGCGGCUGCCAAUGCAGAGCGCGAGCGCGAGCGGGAGAAGGAGCGCGAGAGGGAGAGAGAGCGGGAACGAGAGAGGGAGCAGAUCGCCUCUGUGCCCACUGAGCUGUACCUUCGUCCAGGUGCCGAGCAGCCCGGCAGACCCGGCAGCCACGGCUACGUCCGCUCGCCCUCCCCUUCGGUCCGGAGCCAGGAGAACAUCAUGCAGCAGCGGCCGAGCAUCUUCCAGGGGUCCAACGGGACGAGCGUGAUCACCCCCCUGGACCCCGCUGCUCAGCUGCGCAUCAUGCAGCUUCCUUCCAAUGCGCCCUCCAUCAGCCAGGGGCUGCCGGCGUCGCGCUACAACACUGCCGCGGACGCGCUGGCCGCGCUGGUGGACGCUGCGGCCUCCGCCCCUCAGAUGGAGGUCGCCAAGUCGAAGGAGGGCAAGCACGACGGGAGCCGGAUCGAGGAGAACGCAGGCCGCCGGGCGAGCGAGCAGCAGCAGCAGCAGCAGCAGAUGGAGCAGAAGGAGGCCGAGAAGAGGGGCAUGUCGGGCUACGCCACCGCCGCCUCCUCCUCCUCGGGCUACGCCAGCAGCAAGCCCCAGAGCCAGCCCGCGUCCUCCUCGGUCUACUCAGAGGUGGGGAAGGACAAAGGCCCGCCGUCCAUCUCCAAGUAUGAGGAGGAGCUGCGGACGCGGGGCAAGACCACCAUCACGGCGGCCAACUUCAUCGACGUCAUCAUCACCCGGCAGAUCGCCUCCGACAAGGAUGCCCGGGAUCGCGGCUCUCAGAGCUCGGAUUCCUCCAGCAGCCUGUCUUCCUCCCACCGAUACGAGCCGCCCAGAGACGCGAUCGAGGUGAUCAGCCCCGCCAGCUCACCUGCCCCUCCCCAGGAAAAGAUGCUGCCUUAUCCGCAGGAAGCCCCCAAGAUGAGCCAAGGGGAAAGGGACUGCAGCCGUCAGUACGAGGGGCCGAUCCACCCUUACCGGCCCCAGCAAGACUCGCCUUUGCCGCAGCAGCCGCCCCCGCCGCCCCCACCGCCCCCUGCACAGACGGAAGCGAUGGGGCCCGUGCCACGCACUCACCGCCUGAUCACCCUCGCCGAUCACAUCUGUCAAAUCAUCACUCAGGACUUCGCCCGCAGCCAAGCAUCCGCGCAGGCCCCCCUUCAGACCCCCAUCAGCACAUUCCAGAACUCUGCGCCCGCUUCCAUCGCGGCGGUGACCCGGGCAAAGGCUUCCAACCGCUACAGCCCCGAGGUGCAGUCUGCCCCCCACCAGCGCCCCAGCUCCCGCGUGUCCCCUGAAAACCUCUCGGACAAAAGCAGGGGAAGGCUUGGGAAGUCUCCCGAAAGAAGCCAUGUCUCCGCCGAGUCAUACGAGCCGAUCUCUCCUCCCCAAGCCCCGGCCACGCACGAGAAGCAAGACGCCCUCUUGCUGCUUUCCCAAAGAUCUGAGCCUUCAGAACAGAGGACGGAUUCCCGGUCCCCGGGAAGCAUGAGCUACCUGCCCUCCUUCUUCACCAAGCUCGAGAAUACCUCGCCCAUGGUGAAGUCCAAGAAGCAGGAGAUCUUUCGUAAGCUGAACUCCUCGGGCGGAGGCGACUCUGACAUGGCUGCUGCUCAGCCAGGGACAGAAAUAUUCAACUUGCCUGCUGUCACGACUUCAGGUGCGGUCAGUGCCCGGGGACAUUCCUUUGCAGACCCUGCCAGCAACCUGGGCCUGGAAGACAUCAUCCGCAAAGCCCUGAUGGGCAGCUUUGACGACAAGGGGGAGGAGCACGGCCUUGUCAUGGGCCAGCCGGUGGGGCUGGUGCCCGGCGGGCCCAACGCUGCGCUGGCGGCCACCGGCGAAGCCCGGCGGGAAGAAGCAACCCCGUCCCCCAGUCCGGGUGGGGGUGUCGCGAAGCAGAAACUGAUGGGCAAGUCGAGCUGCAGGAAGUCCAGAUCGCCCAUCCCUGGGCAAGGUUACCUGGGGACGGAGCGGCCCUCGUCCGUCUCGUCGGUGCACUCGGAAGGGGACUACCACAGGCAGACACCGGUGUGGUCGUGGGAGGACCGGCCCUCCUCGACAGGAUCAACACAGUUUCCAUACAACCCGCUGACCAUGCGCAUGCUCAGCGGCACGCCCCCCACGUCCAUGGCCUGCGCCCCGCCGCCCGUCAGCCAGGCUGCGUCGCACCAGCCCAGCCGGAUCUGGGAGCGCGAGCCGGCCCCCCUCCUCUCGGCACAGUACGAGACGCUCUCGGACAGCGAUGACUGAACCGGAGGAGGAGAGGUCCUCUGCUUUUCAAACAACAAGCAAGCCAGCAAACAGAACAAGGGUUUGGAAGCCUGCUGCCAGGUUUGGUCGGUUGUUUGUUCGUUUUAAAUGUCCCCAGAGACUUUCAAAGAGAAAAGGGGGCGCAAAAUGAAGACGUUACUGGAGCCUGUUUGUUUUUCGGGAGCAUGGUGCAGUCAGAAGGCUCCUUCUACACAAGGUGCACAGAAAAAGGACAGUGCCCUGGAAAUAUAUAUGUAAAGAGGUUGUUUUUUUGUUUUGUUUUUAAAGAAAGGACAUAUUCCUGAAUGACAUCUUCAUUUGUAAAGAGGAACCAUCAUAUAAUGUCUCUUUAAAAAAAAAAGGAAAGAAGAAAAGAAUCAUUCUUGAUGUAAAUAGAGUUAACUUUUUCGGCUGUGUUCCUCCCAGCUCUCCCGAAACCCCUUUGCUACCUGGUGUACUUACGUUCAAAUCAUUGCUCAAUGUUUGGGGGUCAUUUUAUAAUUUUUUAAAGUGUUUUCUCCACAUAGAAUGUUCAUAAUCUUUACAUUGCAGCCCAGCUGGGAAAAUCUGUUGCCCGUUGAAAGAAAUAGCGGCACACGCAAGAAAUGUUCCAGCCGGGGUGUGACUUUAAUCACUCUGCACAAAGCGUUCUUCCCUGGUCUAAGCAGCGCUGCCUCUCACGGAUGGCACUGCCCCUUUUCACCUCAUUCUCAACGCAUUUCUUUUUUUUUUUAAUUUUUAUUAUUAUUAUUCUGUGGUUGUCAGAAGACCUUGUGGAAAGCAUUUUUUUAUUUUUAAAAACUGACCCCGUAAUGAAUUCUGUACAUUUUAAACGGCCUCUGGCCUGCUGGGAUAACAAGAUCUUUUUAAUGAUUCUGCCAUGCUGUAAAUUUUUUCAUUACAGUUGGUUUUGUUCAGCAACACUGUGAAAAUAAUAUUGCAUGGGUACCUAAUGGUGACGUUUCUCUCUCACACCACAGUACACGCCCCAGGUGUUCCUCGCUUACAUGUGCGGGGCUUCAAUGGUUCUUCCAUCAGGACAUUUCCACACACCGUGGCAUCCCCAGAAGUCCUUUGCUUCAGCACUGUCUGCUGCCUCGAAAGCCCAAUUUUGCUCUUUGGUAUGCAGCACAAAUUCUGUUCCGAAACGAGAAGGCUCUGGGUCCAUUCUGACGUUUCUUUCCAGCAAGAAAAAAAUAAGCUACAGUUUGCUUUUCCCUUCAGUUUUUCAAGCUUGUAUGUCUUUAGAGAGUUUCUGUUUCCUUCCACUUUCCUUGCGACAGCGGAGCUAAAACGACACAGCACUAACUUGCAUGUCCUAACCAAAAGCCUUUGUUUUCUGCAUUUUAUUUUCCUACCCACCAUAUAGUUUGGAUUCCGGUACGACUUCUGACCUACAGAUUUUAUAAGUACUUAAUGUCGGACUAAGAAGCCGCCUUAAAAGCACUGGAUUCUGCUGGCAUCUUGGAUCAGACCUUUGGGGACUAAACAGGAAAACUGCACUUAUGGGUGAAUCUAAACUGGAAAGGUUGCACUUAUGGGUGAAAGCAAAACCAAAGCAGUCAGUUCUGGGAGGAGCUUUUUGCUGUCGCUAAACUGCCGUGCCACGUGGGUGCCACGUCCAAACCGAGAAGGAAGCACCCAGCUUUGCCAUAGGGAUGGGGGUGAAUGUCGGGAAAGGGUCAGAGUUGACUUGGGAAUCCGUCGUAUCCGCACGGCAACAGAUUUGCGCAGUGCCGCUCAGAAGGAAAGGAAAGCUUGGAGCCUACGUCAGCUCUGGACAUCUCACACCCUUGUGAAGGAGGCAGCCCUUCAUUUCCCAUCUUGGGUGGCGCAGAGUUGCUAAAAACCUUCAUGCAGCUGCACUGAGCCUUCAGCGAAAUCCCAUCUGUUUCGACAACGAUCCAGAAACACUUUUCAGCUGACAUGCCUUUCCUGUCGUGUAAAAGCUACCUGUGUAACACUGAAGCUGCGGCUUCCCUGGAGAAGGGCCAUUUGGCCUUCCUCCGCAAGCAGCUGCCUCUGUUUUAGUGAGAUCCCUCCAUAUUGCUUGGGAUCAAGCCCGUGUGGCAGACCCCUCCCACUUCAGAGGAACCCUGUGAAGCAUUUACACAAGAAACCAAUGUUUGUUUGCUGCUUGUCUUUGCAAAUUUGACCUAUUUUCCCCAUCAGCUAUUAUUGCUCAAUGGAUACAGUUUUUAUUAUUGUACAAUUGAGGCUGUGGGGGCCAGGGGGAUCCUCAACUCUUUCAAAAAGCUAAUUAUCAGCAGCGCCCAGAGCCAAAGUGGAAACUUGUGAGAGAUUUUAAGAGAUUCAGAAAACUUUUAUUACAGUGUACAGGAAGGUGUCAAUCAUUGUAUCCGAACUAACACUUCAUGGUUUGAGGUUUUUUGAAUAUAUAUGUAUGUAUAUUUGAUUUCUGAUCAAUGUUAUUUUUUUCAUCUCAUUCUGUUCGGCAGUUCUCACAUGGAGAGGACCCCAGCCUCUUAAUUUUGGGGUGGUGUGGGGGAGCGACUCAACACCCAUGUGUCACGAAACCUUCCUGUUCUGUUCACACCCAUGUCUCGAGUAAGAUGGUGACUUCUACAAUCCAGACCAAUCAAAUAAAAGAAAAGGGGAUCGAUCGGUA